AGAGCGAGUGUAAACCGGUGUAAACUCAUGGAGGACCAGCUGGAUACCGACUGCAUGAUGGUGGUUUUGGGAUUAAUCCUAACUGAAAAAUCCCAAAGCAAAAGAAAGAAGAGACUUUGGAGAAAAUCUUGGAGACGGCGUGACCAUGGACUUUAUAUGCUACUGCGUGAGCUGGAGAUGACUGACAGAGCAGGUUUCAGGGACCUGCUUCGAAUGAAUGCAGAGGAAUUUGAGUACAUUCUCAAUAAAGUGGCCCCCAUGAUCACCAAGCAAGACACCAGAUGGAGAUUAGCCAUCACUGCCAAGGAGAGACUGGCUUUAACACUCCGAUACUUAGCAACAGGAGAAUCGUUUGCGUCUCUGAGUUACCAGUUCAGGGUUGGUGAGUCCACUAUCUCCAUGAUUGUGAUCGAAACAUGUGAAGCCCUGCACCAGACACUAAAAGAUGAAUAUCUGAAGACACCCACUACAGAACAGGAGUGGUUGGACAUCGCCAAAGACUUCCAUCAUAAGUGGCAAUUUAACCACUGCCUUGGUGCAAUAGAUGGAAAACACAUCAACAUAUUGCCCCCAGCUCACAGUGGAAGCACCUUCAGAAAUUACAAAGGACGAUUCUCUGUACAGAUGAUGGCUGUCGUCGAUGCCAGAUACAGGUUCAGUUACAUCAGUGUGGGAGCACAGGGCAGAGCAUCAGAUGCAGGAGUGUUUGCAGAGUCUGAUUUCAAGCAAGCACUUGACAGCGGUCUCCUCAACCUUCCUGCAGCAGCUCUGCUCCCGGGCUCUGACAUGGAAAUCCCUUAUAUGUUUGUUGGAGAUGAUGCCUACCCUCUGCGCCUUGACUUGAUGAAACCAUAUCCAUUCCGCAACAUGGAACAUCAACAGAGAGUCUUCAACUACAGACUUUCCCGUGCACGCAGAGUUGUUGAAAAUGGGUUUGGAAUAUGGGCUAACAGGUGGAGAGUGUUCCUCACUAAUAUAAUGCUUAACCCUGACAAGGUGCAGAAGAUGGUUUUUGCUACUGUGUGUCUCCACAAUUACUUGCGUCAGGUGAGGUCUGACCCAUACACACCUGCAGGGCUGGCUGACACAGAGGACGAAAACCACAGGCUUGUGGAGGGUACCUGGCGAGGAGAUGGCCUGGGAGCCAUGCUCCCUCUUCAACCUGGAAGAUGUGGCAACAGCUCCAUGGCUGCCAAAGCACCACCAUCAGGUAACUAA